CUGUUGGCUCCUCGAAGCUCAGGCCUGUUAUUAUAGUAGUGGCUUUCAGACCCCAUCUGCAGCUGUUCAGAAGGAAGACUGGCCAAUGCAUAAGCUAGAAUGUUCCGCCAUGUGUGCUUUUGGACAGAACUGGAAUCCCUCGGAGACGGUGAGGCUAACGGCGAGGAUCCUUGCCAAACAGAAAAUUCACCCUGAAAGAACGCAGUCAGAGAAGCUGCUUGCUGUGAAAGAAUUUGAAUCACACCUUGACAAACUAGACAAUGAAAAGAGAGAGCUGAUUCAGAACGACAUUGCUGCUCUUCAUCACUUUUAUUCAAAGCACAUGGAGUACCCUGACAAUGCUGCUCUUGUAGUUCUCUUUGCACAAGUUAACUGCAAUGGUUUCACGAUUGAAGAUGAAGAACUGUCUCAUUUGGGAUCAGCCAUAUUUCCUGAUGUUGCACUGAUGAACCAUAGCUGUUGCCCAAAUGUGAUCGUAACUUACAAAGGGAUACUGGCUGAAGUCAGAGCUGUGAAAGAGAUUGAGCCUGGAGAAGAGGUUUUUACCAGCUAUAUUGACCUGUUGUAUCCCACAGAAGACAGAAAUGACAGAUUAAGAGACUCCUAUUUUUUCACUUGUGAUUGCAGGGAGUGCACUAUGAAGGAAAAGGAUAAAGAGAAACUGAAAAUCCGCAAGCUGAAUGAUCCUCCAUCAGCAGAGGCGGUACGAGACAUGAUCAAAUAUGCCAGGAACGUGAUAGAGGAAUUCAGACGAGCCAAACACUACAAAUCUCCCAGUGAAUUACUGGAGAUCUGUGAGCUCAGCCUGGAUAAGAUGGGUGCAGUGUUUGAAGACAGCAACGUCUACAUGUUACAUAUGAUGUACCAGGCCAUGGGUGUCUGUCUGUACGUGCAGGACUGGGAAGGUGCACUGCGUUAUGGGCAAAAAAUUAUCAGACCAUACAGUAAGUAUUAUCCCUCCUACUCACUGAACGUUGCCUCCAUGUGGCUGAAAUUAGGGAGACUGUACAUGGCACUGGAGAACAGACCAGCUGGAGAUAAAGCCCUGAAGAAGGCAAUUGCCAUCAUGGAAGUAGCACACGGGAAAGAUCAUCCAUACAUUUCAGAGAUCAAAAAGGAAUUAGAGGACCACUGAGCCUUUGAAUCUAUGCAAUCCUUCAAACCUUUAUUUAAAAAGCCUUGUUAUGGAAACCUUCAGGAGCGCUUUGAGAAGCGGUAGAGUAUGAACACAGUUCUGUCCUAUAAUUGGAAUGACAAACACACUGAGGGUUUGCAAAAUGUUUCUAGCCUCUACAAACCUACAACUGCCUUUUUUGUUUGUUUGUUUUUGAAGGAAACAGCCAUGAUUACUUAGAGGAUAUGCCUCUUGACUGCUCGUGCAAAAAUGGCCAAUUUUUCUUUAAGGAUUUUAAUGUGCAUCUUAUUAGUGUAAAAUAAAGUGGUCUUGACCUCUCUUGAU